ACCGAACCGAACCACCACAAAACCCAAAUCCAUCGCCGUCCAAUCUCUUCCUUUUCCUCAAUAGAGAAAAGUCCUUCCUUUCUCGUCUCCUCCUCUUCAUUUUCCGGUUGCUGAAUCUGAUUCAGAGGAAGAUAUCAUUGAAAAUUUCAGAGAGAAACGAUGCCGUUUUGCGAGGUCGUGAAAGAAGACGUCGGCCCAGAGACGACUCUUAACAAUGCCGCAAUCAAAAUCUUCUACAGAACCUACGGUCAUGGUCCUAUCAAAGCUCUUCUCAUCAUAGGUUUAGCAGGAACCCAUGAGUCCUGGGGUCCUCAAAUCAUGGGAUUGACGGGGACGGAUAAACCCAACGACGACGAUGAAGACGACGGAGGAAUUGUUUCCGAUGGUUCUGGUAUCGAGGUUUGCGCUUUCGAUAAUCGUGGUAUGGGUCGGAGCUCUGUGCCUACCCACAAAUCCGAGUACACAACAACGAUAAUGGCAAAUGAUUCAAUUAGUUUGUUGGAUCAUUUGGGUUGGAAGAGAGCUCACAUAAUUGGCCAUUCUAUGGGAGCUAUGAUAGCUUGCAAGUUAGCUGCAAUGGUGCCCGAACGGGUUCUUUCGUUGGCGUUGCUUAACGUUACAGGUGGAGGGUUCGAAUGUUUCCCCAAGCUUGACCGGCAAUCGCUUUCCAUUGCGAUACGUUUUCUGAAGGCAAAGACCCCUGAACAAAGGGCAGCUGUUGAUUUGGACACACAUUAUUCAAAGGAUUACUUAGAAGAAUCUGUAGGAACUAACACAAGACGGGCAAUUUUAUAUCAGCAAUAUGUGAAAGGAAUAUCAGAAACUGGAAUGCAGUCCAAGUACGGGUUUGAUGGCCAAAUUAACGCUUGUUGGUUACACAAAAUCACAAAACCAGAGAUCGAAGUAAUCCGCUCGGCUGGAUUUCUUGUCUCAGUCAUUCAUGGAAGGUAUGCAACACCGACACAAUUAGAAUCAAAGUCACCUCCUCAUGCACUCAGACUUGAGUUUGUUGAUCUUGUAAAGCAUCUUUACCUUUACACAGUAGUUAAUUUGAGAAUGUGUUGGGUUAUAUGCAGACAUGAUGUGAUUGCUCAGAUAUGUUACGCAAGAAGACUGGCACAGAGGCUAUAUCCCGUCGCUAGAAUGGUAGAUCUUCAUGGAGGUCAUCUUGUAAGCCAUGAGAGGACAGAAGAGGUUAAUAAAGCUCUUCUCGAGUUAAUCAAGGCGUCAGAAAUGAAGAAAAGACCAACUGAUUGGACUAACCUCACCAUGGAAACACCCGGUUAUCUCAAGAGGAGACUAGCAUUGAUUACAAGCUCAUCAGAAGGCAAGAAUGCCGUCUCUCCCGCACAUUUUAUAGCGGAAAAGUUCCAUCGCUUUCUACUUUUCCUCUUCGGACUUCUGGUUUUGGCAUUUGAGUAUUCAAGAAGAGCUUUCAGGGCUGUAAAACCCGUCAAAGUUGGACCUUGUCUUACAUAACAACAACCCUUCACAUUUCAAUUUGUCGACCAAAUAUAUUCAUACAAGCAAUGAGACAUUUCUUCAAUGAUCAAGCUGAUGAAACAUAAGAGCUUAAAGAUAAGUUUGCUGCAAACAGAAGCUAAGAGAAGAAGACAGAGCUUUCACAUGGAAGAGAUUAUACAACCUGUUGAUAUAUAUACACGUGUAGAGGAUCCAUGACCAACAUUUGUUCUACGAAUGUAAUAUGUAAAGAUAAUACAUCGAAAUCUCAAUAUAGACUUGUAUGUUUUCGUGUACCUAUAGAACAUAACUGUUUUCUUAAGUGUCUGCGCCAAAAGAAGAAUUACAAGUCCUA